ACUAGAUGGCGCACACCUCUAGCAUUCCGUUCUUUUGAGGAUUCUUUCUGCCCCGGAAACGGAAGUCAGCGGCAGAGGAAGUACCUCUGUGACCUGUGCUUGGCAUUGGGUGUCCGCAGUUUCUGGGCAAGGUGAGCGCUCCGUGUGUUACGUUUGUCCUAUGUGCGGUGAGGGUGAGCAGGGCGGACGCUGUACCCGGAGUUUAUUAAUUGAGUGUGAGACGCUGGUAAGCUGCAUGGCGGUCACUGUAUCCCACACAGUGCGGGGAGACAUGAAUUCUCAAUGUCCUGUGGCUAUGGACAAUAUAGCUGGCUAUGUAGCUGCAGAGUGUCAAUGAAGCCGAGCUGUCAAUCAUUAGGAUAUAACCCAGGAAGGAGGAAUAAUGACAUUACAGAGUAAGGGAGUGAUUGACGGCUCCAGUUGUGCUGGAGCCCUGGGCCAGGCUGCAGAGCAUUAGAUCUUGUGUUGUGGACUACCUGUACGACCAUGCUCAGCCAAUCUGUAGGCUAGCUGAGCAUUGUGGGAGUUGUAGACAGAAGACUGCAGAGGGGGGAGCUAGUUAUUAAAAUAAAUGCUUGAAGGAGGUCUUUAAAAAGCAGUGAUGACCCCAAAUCCCUGAUAUCUGUCAGCUAAUACUGCCUUUUUUCUUUUCAUUGUAAGAGCAGUGCACAUAAUCCUUUAGGAGCACAGCCGUUGUGAGUACAUUUAUUCUUAAAAAAAACCAAAAAACACAAGUUAAAUUACUGCGCAUGCAAUUAAUAUAUUGGGAUGCCUGAAUCCCACAGCCAUCACUUGUAGUGAACAAAAGUUGGCGGAGAAACUCCACCAUGCUUUGUCGUAUGGUAUGUUUGGUUUGUGCCCUUCAUUAUAAGUGCUCCUGGAGUCUGUAAGUUUUUAGCGUUUCACUUUGAAACGCUGCACAAUGCGAGUUUAACCUUUCUGCUGCCAGAGGUGUAACUCCACCUCCGGCAGUGUCAUUGAGGUGCCAUCAGUGAGCCCAGAACUAGAGUUAUGAGCAGACUAAUGCUAAUUUUGUGCACUUUUUAAUGCACAGAAUCAAAAUCAGCGGUCAGCCAACAUUAUCAAUGAAUGAGUGGCAGGAUUUACAUUGGUAAAAGCUCUUCAGAAGCGUGGAGACCUGAUGCCCCUCAGGAUCAGGAAAGAGGCUGCACUGCCCCAUUAUGAGGAAAGGGGGUAGGAUACUUCUACCAUCAUAGCCACUAUAGCGAGAUGUAGUAGUCAUAAUGGUUUGAGUAACCCUUUAAGCAAUUAAGUUCAUUGAAAUGCAGGUAGCAGAUGUAGGCAGAAAAAGUCUACAGGAUGCCCCUUUGUUCUCCACCCAGUGGAGGUACUGCUAAGUAAUAGAUUACACACUUUUUAGCAAUACCAAUUCAUACCAUCACUGGGUGCCAUGCUUAUCUAAAUGUGGACAGCUAACAUUCUCAGCCAGUCUCCACCACCUUUUGCUGGUCUAGCUAAUUCUUCCUCGUUAGCCCUAGCAGUAGGGAUUGACUGAUUAUCGGCCAAUAUUCAGUAUUUUUGGCAAUAUCGGUAUCAGCAUAUAAAGAUAGCGAUAUAGCUGAUAAUACAUACCAGGACCGCAAGGCUCCCUUCAGCUCCCCUGUUUUUUUUUGUUUUUUUUAAAAGGGUAAAUUAAAAAGCCCCUCUCCCACACACCCCCGCCCCCCCAUUUUACACAAAUUACAUACCUACAGAAACACACACACACUCUGGAUUAUAUACACACGCUACACAAAUACACUGCAUUCAUUAUAUACACACUACACAAACACACUGCAUUCAUUAUAUACAUAGACUACACAAACACACUGCAUUUACUAUAAACACACUACACAAGCACACUCUGCAUUCAUUAUAUACACGCACACACUCUGCAUUCACUAUAUAUAUACACACUACACAAACAAACACAGCUAACCUGUCUAAACACACUGCAUCCACUACAUGUGGCAUGCAUAUUUUGUGCAUUUACCUUUAGAAAUAGUUUACUUUUUUCAAAAUGGUAAAAUGUACAGAAUAUCGUUAAAUUAUCGGCUAUUGGCCUCAAAGUUAACAGAUUAUCUGUAUUGGCUGUAAAAAAAAAAUCAAUAUUGGUCGAUCCCUAUGUAGCAGCACAGAUGUUAUAGAUGGUUUAGAAUUAAAACAGUUUAACACUGAAUGGAGGGAUAGCUCCAGACACUAAUCACUUCAGUGAAUUGAUGCUGAUUUAUUUUUGCUUGUAUGCACUAGAUAAGUUGCUAAUACUGGUUCAUCAAGUCACACCACCGGGUAAGAAAUACCUUUUCACUGUAUUUCCCUUUUUUAGUUUAUGUUUACAUUACCCAGAGAAACCACCCAUCUUUAUGAGAUUUGUCCUCUAUGCUUCUCUAUGAGAAACAUUUGCUUGGACAAUGCCCAGCACUAACAAUGAAGUAAGUUCUGGGGGAAAAAGAGAAUGUCUUAAAUAACUACAGAGGCCAGUUCUGCAGCUAAAGAAACGUAAACUUGUAGGGCUUGGGAAAUGUUUGCAAUAUUUAGUAAAUGCAGUUGUACGUUUUGAAUGUAGUUUCCCUUUACCACAUUUUGAAUGUAGUUUCCAAUAACCCCUUGGAUGGUAGUCGUUUGUGGGGCGUUUUAAGAACUCCAAUUGAAAACAGUGGAAAAAGUCUUUGGGUUUGUGACCCCUUUGUGCGACUUGGGAUUUUUGUUGCCAUUGCUUUGAGUGGAUGUAUCUCUUCUUCCUUCCCUUUACUCACUGUCCCUUCUUUCCCCUAUUCUGGUUUUCAUUUUUCUUAAUGUAUUACUUCUUUCCCUUUUCUUAUCUUUUUAUCUUGAGUGUGAAAUCCUUUUCACUUAAAAAUGUUACUGGAGACUUGUACAAGCCUAUUCUGAUGUAACUUAUUAUGCAAUUCCGUAAUUUACACACAUUGCUAAAUUUUGUGGGAGUGCACAUCAGUCAUCUCUUGUAAAUAAAUAAAGACUUAAAAGAAAACAGUGGCAGUCCAAAGAUUGGCUGAGAGGUAUUAAGCAUUUCCGUAUCCUGCCAAUGUCUAUCUGUUUUAAAAGUCAAAACAAUGUGGUCAUUUAAAGUCUAUGGCAGGGGACAGAUCUCAAGAUCCCAAGGUGUUGCCUUUAGAAUGACAAGGCUUCGUGGAAGCUGUAGUUUUAAAACAUCUGGGAAUCCUUGCGGGUGCCUCUGGUCUAGGAUGUCCUUUUAAGCGUAGCAGCUGCUCUUGAAUAAAAGGUCACAAGUACUGAUUUUACCUUGGCAAACUAUAAAGUAUGUGUCCAUGUAUGUGGCAUGAGACUGCAGGCUGGUGAAAUUGCAUUUAAAAAAAAAUAAAUAAAAACAAUCCUUGGGGACUGGUUGUUACAGAAAAAAAACCAGUGGUGUGACGGUUGUAUACCUAUAUUGCUAAAUAUUUACAGAAUGAAUACAUUGUGUCUUGUCUUGUGAUAAAUUAUAGAACAAACAGUCAAUGCCAGGAAAUACAGUAUCAGCUCAUGGUUCAUGAAGUGUUCUGUGUAUGUGUUGUGUGUGUGUGUGUGUGUAUAUACACAUUCAAGUGCAUAUUGGCUGAAAACAGGACAAAUAAAUCUGCACUGCUGACAAGAUUGAACUACUUUGAAAGUGGAUGCCUUUGAAUAUUAUUUAGUGCAGUGUCAUUGAACAUAUGGUGGAAUUGAACUCUAUGCCCUCUUCUCCACACAACCUUUAGUAACCUUGACUCUGUAUAAUAUUUUCCAAGAUAACAGCUGUUAGAGGCAUCUUUGCAUACCUUUUUCUACGUGAACAUAAAAUCGCUGUCACGUAUUGAGCAAAAAAGAUUGCUUGGAAAUGUCAUAAUGAUGCUAUAUAGAGGCCCUUGCAUUGCACAGUAUCUGACACGAUGCAGUGGAUUAUUAUUCCAAAAUAAGAGCGAGAGUGUGUGUGUCUCACAUCUGGGUUUAGCACUUAAUGUCUACACAAAUGGUAGUGCUUGCCUGGAUGCAGUAACUCCAGCCAAAGUUAUAGAAGCAGAAAGGAGAGGAUUUAGGUCUUGCUAGUGUAUAUUUCACUGCUUUGUUUCAAGCAGAGUACAUUAUCUACGUUCAGUCCCUAUUUAGGACUUUUAUCAGCAUAACAAUACAAUGCAUACAAGCUCUUAGAGCGCCAAGAAAAUUGAAAGUGAAUGAGAUCAAAGGUGAAUGAGAGUGAGAGGGGAAACCAUGAGUACCGUUGCCCAAACCAUAAUCAUAACCUAUUUAUUUCUUAAUGCCAAAGUGGCAGCAAGAUCACAGAGAGGUUCAAAAUUGUGAGUGAAAUAAAGUUGCAUGUACCAUAAUUAAAUAAACAACUUAAUGUCUUAAUGAGAACAGCAUUUCAUAAAUCAUGAAGCUCAAACAUAUGGCUGUAUCAAACAUGAAAAACAAAGUUGUAUCUGAAUAACCUAUAUAGCCUAAAGAAAAAGGUAACUUUUUUAGCAACUACAAACAGCUUGCAAAUAUAAUCUUCAGUUAGCAUCUACAAUGUAAAAAAGUCAUAGGUUUCAUACAGUUUAAACAUCCAAAUAAUGUAUGUUAAUUUCUUUCUGUGUUAAGGGGAGACUCCACUGUUCCCGAUAUAUCCCCAGUGAAAGCAUACAUUUAAUUGUUUUUUUUUCCCCUUUUAUUGGGACUAUAUCUAAAACCGCUUGCAAAAGCUGCAGAUCUCAUCUGCAGCCUUUUCAAGUCCUCCUAACACAACCCAGAAUUUCUGUGUCUGUCCAAUUAAAGACUUCUCAAAGUGAAGUCUCUGAAAGGCAGGUACUCUGGAUAAUUGCCUGCCUCUAGAGUUUAGCUCCACUGAGUUAACCAAACCAAGAAGUAACAGGACCGUUUGUCUGACUGCCAGGGGUCUGUAACAAGGUUAAAAGAACACUAUAGGGUCAGGAACAUAUAGGGUAUAGUGUUAAAACCAUCAUCUUGCCCCCCUUAAUAUAGCAAAAUCUUACCCUUAUGCCAGUCUGCUGCUGCUGGCUCUGCCCCUGAUCUGUCUGCUUUGCUGACAUUAUCAGAAGUGGUGUUCUGAGCCAAUCACAAUGCUUUCACAUAGGAAAGCAUUGGAUUGGCUGAGACUCUCAAGGAGGCAGAUCAGGAGCCGAGCCCAACACAGCCUGGUCGAUCAGCAUCUCCUCAUAGAGAUGCAUUGAAUCAAUGUCUCCAUGCAGAGGGUGGAGACACUGAAUUGCAGUGCUGCACAGUGUGCAACCCUGCCAAAGGAAGCACCUCUAGCAGCCAUCGGAGGAGUGGCUAGUUUAGGUAAUCCUAGGCUGUAUGUAUGUAAGCAUAUCAAACUGGAUAGCAUAUUUGUAUGCUGUGAUGUCCCACAAGUGCAAUGAUGCCCUCAUGUACAGUUUGCAUGGUGUUUUGGAAAGUUAUAGGGUCAAAUAAAGAGCUUCCCCAUUUCUGUUUUUACUUAUUAAAAUGUUCCAGAUUGUUGGCUCUGUGUUGCCUUUGAGACUGUAUAGCAGCCCAGGAAUGAAAACUACCCCAUCAUUGUAUACCAUUUGCAAAAGUAGAUAACCCAGGGUAUUCAAAAUGAGGUAUGUCUAGUCUUUUUUAGUAUCCACUUAAUCAGAAACCCUGUCCAAGUUAGGAUAUAUAUUGCAUUUUUCACACAAAAACGAUUUACUUCCCCUUUCUGUCCCUUAGUGGUCCUCUCCCCUCCCUCGUUUAGUGUUCCCCUCCCUGUCCCUAAGCGUUCAGCUCUCCCCUUCCCUUAGUCUUCCUCUCCACUCCUUCCCCUCCUCCCUUAGUGUUCCUCUCCCCUUCCCCUUAGUGGUCCUCUUCUCUCCUUUCCAUGUCCUUUAGUGUUCCUCUCCCUUCCAUGUCCUUUAGUGUUCCUCUCCCCUUCCAUGUCCUUUAGUGUUCCUCUCCCUUCCCUUCCAUGUUCUUUAGUGUUCCUCUCCCUUCCCUUCCAUUUCCUUGAGUGUUCCUCUCCCUUCCCUUCCAUGUCCUUGAGUGGUCCUCUCCCCUCCCUUCCAUGUCUUUUAGUGGUCCUCUCCCCUCCCUUCCAUUUCCUUGAGUGGUCCUCUCCCCUCCCUUCCAUGUCUUUUAGUGGUCCUCUCCCUUCCCUUCCAUUUCCUUGAGUGUUCCUCUCCCUUCCCUUCCAUUUCCUUGAGUGUUCCUCUCCCUUCCCUUCCAUGUCCUUGAGUGUUCCUCUCCCUUCCCUUCCAUGUCCUUGAGUGGUCCUCUCCCCUCCCUUCCAUUUCCUUGAGUGGUCCUCUCCCCUCCCUUCCAUGUCCUUUAGUGGUCCUCUCCCCCUCCCUUCCAUGUCCUUUAGUGGUCCUCUCCCUCCCUUCCAUGUCCUUUAGUGGUCCUCUCUCCCUCCCUUCCAUGUCCUUUAGUGGUCCUCUCUCCCUCCCUUCCGUGUCCUUUAGUGGUCCUCUCUCCCUCCCUUCAGUGUCCUUUAGUGGUCCUCUCUCCCUCCCUUCCGUGUCCUUUAGUGGUCCUCUCUCCCUCCCUUCCGUGUCCUUUAGUGGUCCUCUCUCCCUCCCUUCCCCUUUGGUGGUCCUCUCUCCCUCCAUUCCGGUGGUGUCCUUUGGUGGUCCUCUCUCCCUCCAUUCCGUGUCCUUUGGUGGUCUCUCUCCCUCCCUUCCGGUGUCCUUUGGUGGUCCUCUCUCCCCCCUCCUUCCGUGUCCUUUAGUGGUCCUCUCUCCCCCCCCUUCCUUUAGUGGUCCUCUCUCCCCCCCUCCCUUCCGUGUCCUUUAGUGGUCCUCUCUCCCCCCCUCCCUUCCGUGUCCUUUAGUGGUCCUCUCUCCCCCCUCCCUUCUAUUUAGUGUCCCUCCUUCCCACUGUUCCUUAGUGUUCCAUAUACCUUCCCUCCCCUGUCCCAUAGUGUGUCACCAUUUGUCCCUUUGUGUUCUCUCCCCUACCUCCCUGGUGUGCUUCCUACCUCUCUUGUAGCGAGCAGAGCAGACAGUGUGAGCACAUCCUGUCAGUCUGGCUGGGUACAGGAAUUUAGAAGCUCCUGUACCGUGGUGUGUUUUGCUCGCCAAAGCUACACUGAGUGACUGGCAGGAGGGAGCGCUGGGCGCUUGCUUUCUGCCGGGUCACUCUAACAUAGUGCGCCCCCUCGGCCAGUGCGCCCUAAGGCUGCAUAUAUAUACAUUUUAUUUAUUUUUUCAUGGAGAAAAGAAAGCACAUAUCCGUUAAUAAUAAUCUGUUCUUUAGCAGGUGUUAAAAUUAGGUAAAUACAACACAUGACAUAUUAUUCCAUGUCAUGAUUUAUUUACAGUACACCUUAUGAUUCCAUAAGUGUCACUGCGAUCACAUGACUCUGAGGAGGGUACCCUGAGAAGGGUAUUUGGGCUGCAGGGAGGUCCUGAUCGUUGGGGUGAUAUGCCACCCUAACAGAGUUAAAGCUCUCCUUUUUUGGGGUGGCAUAGCACUCCCUAACAUCGGGAUUGGGUUAAGAGCUCUACGAUCUUCACUGGAGAUGUUACAGUGACCCGAAUAGGUACUGUUGAUAAUUCCAAUUUAGUUCUGUGCUAAAAAUUAAAGACCGAUGUGAUACUUGUCUGAAGGCAAGUCUUUCUCUUACCCUUGUAUGUAGAUAUAUUUGUUCGAGAGUGAAUUAAAAAAAUUCAGACUAAAAUAGCAGAGUUUAAAAAACAAAAACAAAACAAAAACCUGGAAGUCAGCUUUGUUGUUUUCAGUUUGACAACUUUUACCUUUACGUUUUGAGAUUCACAGUGCGUGUAGAUGUGUAUAGUCCAAUGUUAACUGACUUUGCUUCAUUGUGUUUCUAAUUUAGCAAUUAUUUGACAGAGAAAAGUGAUAAACCAUGGGAGGCCUUCACUUCGGAAACCUAGCUAAAGUGCGGCACAUCAUCACCUACAGUCUGUCUCCUUUCGAACAGAAAGCUUUCCCACACUAUUUUUCCAAAGGCAUUCCGAACAUGUGGCGGAGAUUCUCAGCACAGGUGUUAAAAGUGGCCCCACGUAAGUAUUCAUUUAUCAGGAUUUUCUUUUUUUACCUCGUGCCACAUGACCAUAAAUGCAAGAAAUGACUUAAACACACACUCUCCAUAUCAGCAGAAUUGAGUCCCCCUCCCUUUUUGUCAUUAGCAGAUUCACUUCCCAUUGCUACUAGCAGGCAGUAUUUGUACUAGUCCAUUCUCCCGUCCUUUGCCCAGUGGUAGCAGUAGCACAUUCUCUCCUUUCCCUUGAGUGUACCUACUAAUACUAGCACAUUCUUAUUUCACUAGUACUAGUAAUUACAGCCUAUACCCCUAUCCUGCCCACUAGUUCUGGUAGCCCAUUAUCCAACUAAAAUGUCCACCUGGAGUAGUGCCUAUUUUCCUCAAUCCUGUAGUUGUAAUAUAUCAAUACCCCCUCCCCUAAAAAAAGGGUGACCUAUUUCUGCUCAAUAGAUGGAAGUCUUCAUAUGCUUUCCUCAUCUCUGGUGUAUAUAGUGAUGUGAGUGGAGCCACAUACAGCGUGUACUCCAUGUAACACCGAGCUUUGCAGAUCCAUGCAAUUUCCUCUGUUAAAUAUGUGGAUAUCUGAGGUUGCACUACUAAGAUCAUGCAAAAUAUUUAGUAGGUUGCUCCCUGUCUGAGGAUAAAUUGUAACCUUGUUUGUUCUUUGGCCCAGUACUUGGGAUCAUUCUCUUCUUCUAUUUGAUGUGCAGUAUGUCAUCAGUGAACCCUCAAUAUAAACAGACAUUUCUUCAUAAUAAUGAUACAUGCCAAAAUCUAACUGAAACCAUGCCCAGUUACUUCUAUUCUAUGCCUUACCAAGAGAGACCCCAGCAUGUUUUAAUUCUUUAAUAAAAUAAUGUUUCUUACAAUUAUAAUCUUUUGAAUAUAAAUGUAGAAUAAUUACACACUUUCUCAGGCUGUUUUAGAGAAAAUAUCACUAAAAAGCUUUUACUCAGCUUCACUGUUAGGCCUUAAUGUGCAUGUUGGAUUAGUUCCAAUGUGCCCCCAAACACCCCCCUUAACAAAAUGCAUGUCUUUAAUUCACUAACUUCCGUCACUGUAUGAUUUAAAAGUUCCUCCCAAUCCCUAUAUUCCAUCAGUUUUUGCAGUGCUCUACUUUUCCACAAAUGCAAAGUAAGCUGCUUAAUUAAACCUUUUUACCCCUUAAAACCAUACAUUGUCUAGUCCAUCAUAGCAAUCUAUUAUUUAAAGAGGCACUGUAAGCUGCAUAACCUUUACAGCUUAUAGUGGUGGUCAUGAUGCAAAGAGUUUGUGGAAUUGUGGCCCAUAUAUUUCUUGAACCAAUAUAGCGUUUCUUCUUUUUAUUUUUAUCUUUUUGCAAAAACAGGGCUCCCCUCCACCCCCCUCAACAGAACCUGACUGUGAUUUAUGCAUCUUCUGUGGAGAUGCACUUACCUCUACCUGUGUCUUCAUCCAACUUCCUGCCACUUGGUACACAAAUGGCAGAUAGUGGGCACAUAUGCCAUAGGUUUAUGAAAUAUUAAGUUCCACAUGAGAGUAUAAGAAAAGUAAUGAUAUGUGAGCUAUAUCUAUAAAUAAAAUACUAAAAUAAAAAUACUGUCGAUUAAAAGACAUCCUGUAUUAAACACAGAGCAUUACAUUGGAUCACAGUAUGCUGAGGGGCACUCAAAGGAGGGAGAUGUUAACUGGUUUUGUGCAGUAUAAGGCACUUCCACUGAGGUUUAGGUACACAGAUGCCCUUGUGCCAGGCAAUGCUUACAUUGUACCUUCCAGACAACAAAUGGAACAAUGUCUUCUAGUAGAUCUUCACAUGGCGCUGAGCACAGCUUAUUCUCAUACAGAAGCAUAGGAUUGGCAGAUUAUGGCGGUUUCCACACAAAUGUUCAUUGUGCUUUCAUUGCUUCUCUAAGCGAAGCAUCUGAUUGGACAUCGAUCAUCAUGAUUGAUGGUCUCAGAAGCAGGGGUGGAUUACAGGUACAUUCAGUACAUUUUAAUAAAGGGGACCAAUAAACUAAACCUACUAAGGGACACACUGAUUCAGACCCUGACACUAUCACGCAACCUUCAUUGUAAUUUUAACAACUCUGGAAGCGGCAGAUUUUAUUAGUGUAGGUAGUGGUCUGGAAGCUGAACAGCAACAUGUUGUAUUGUUGUGCAUUAAUUUGUAUGUGCUGGAGGUCUUAACCAGUUAAUGCUAUGAGCUUUCCUCAAUUGUAUUUGUAUCCAAUGAUUUAUAUUCUGCAUAGUUAAUGUUUUUAUUUUCUUAUUGUAAUGUAGCAGAUAUUUACACACUUGUUUUUUUUUUGUUUUUUUGUUUCACUUCCAGCUUUUUUGCUCAUGUAUGUAACCUAUUCAUGGGGAACCCAAGAACAUGCAAACAACAAGAGGAAGAUCCCAUCCUUGUUUGAAAAUGACAAGUAAAGUUGCCUCUCUGGAGAUCUGUGGCAUUGUGUUGCAUUUUUUUCUGUGACUCUGUUCCUCUUACAGAUGGCAGAAAUAAUUAUUUAUUUGUCUUUCGCACCAUUUGUGAGCCAUAAAUAAAAUUGUUUCAAAUUGAUUUUGGUGUUUUCUGUAUGCUUGAAAAUGGAUUGUUGUACGUUCA